AUGAUCCGCGGCGCCUGGAUGUACCCCCGCGGGGGCGCCGGCGGCGGGGCGGUGUGCUGCGCGCCGCGCCGCAGCGACAAGCCGGUGGCCGACCCCGAGCGGGCGCAGAAAUGGCGCCUCUCGCUGGCUUCGCUCCUCUUCUUCACCGUCCUCCUCUCCGACCAUCUGUGGCUCUGCGCCGGGGCCAAGCUGCGGGCGCGGGAGCGGAGCGGCGCCGGGAGGCCGCGGGGCCGCGGGCCGCGGGCCUUGCUGGCGGCCGAACCGGCGGGCGGGAGCUGCGAGGCCUUGCUGGGCAACCUCAGCCGGGCCCCCGGCCCCGCCGGGCCCUGCCCCGCCGCCCGCGGCGACCUGGACUCGGCCUGCGCCCGGCUGCAGGCCCUGCAGCGCCCGCGGGGCUCCCCGGCCGGCGCGCCCCUCCGCUCGCCCCCCGCCGCCAACCCCUUCUUCGCCUCUCCCUCCUCCAAGAGGACCUUCCUGCAGGCUUACUUUCGGAACUUCAACCUCUCCUUUUGUGAUACUUACACGAUCUGGGACCUGCUGCGGGAGAUGGCCGGCCCGGACGGCCUGGACUGCAGCCUGGACAACCUGAUGGUGGACUUGGUGGUGGCGGCGGCCGGGGCGCUGGGCGGAGGGGCCUGUAGCAGCUGCGUCCAGGCCUACCAGCGGCUGGACCAACACGCUCAGGAAAAAUACGAGGAGUUCGACCUCUUGCUGGAGAAGUACUUGCAAUCGGAAGAGUACUCGGUCAGAUCCUGCCUGACGGACUGCAAGGCUGUCUACCAAGGCCUGGCUCUGCUCCGAGUAUUUCAACGUGACCCAACACAGUGCCGGACACCGGAUCCCAUGCAAGCAAUACUGCCUGGAGGUGCAGACCAGGUGGCCCCUUUGUCUUACCAGACAAUGAUUGAGCUGAUCUAUGGAGGUUUGCCUGGCUUCAUCUGUACAGGGCUGCUGGAGAACCAGCUGCCCAACGAGGAGGCCAAGUGCUGUGAGGUGCAAUGGGACUCCUGCGACCACCCCCCAGACAGCACGGACGACACAUCCCCCAAUCCCACAGCCCUCCGAUCCCUCCAUUCUCUUACCCGCCACGACCCCCUCCAUCACCAGCGGCAGAACCACUACCACCUCUACCACCACUACCAGUUACCACCAGCCCCACCCUCAUCCUUGCUGCCGGUCCUCCGCAGCGUCUCGCCGGGCAGCAGCAGGAUCAGACUCUGCGUUGCUGGUCCCCUGAUGCUCCUCCCACACCUUGGUUGUCCCUUCUUCCAGCGUGCACGGCGGGCGGCGGGGCGGCCGGCGGGGGGCUCAGCCCCGGAGGGUCCUUGGCCCGCCUGGGAGAGCGGGGGGGAAGGGUGUUGGCACGGGACGAGUUGACCGGGCAGGGCAGAGCCAACCUCCCAAGAAGAAUGCCAGAUCUUUUCCCAACGACAGGGGGGGGCACCCACGCUAUUCCUCCAAUGGGAGGCCACGGGGAUCGGGGGUGACGCACACUGCCCCCCCGGGGGUCCCCCCCAGAGCUGCUCGCCGCGGGCAUCCCCGUGAUGAAGAGUCCCUAACGCGCACAGGAGCUGCGGGACUCGGCUCUGAGACAGGGUUCGGUCAGUAGCACCAGGCAGCAGGAGGUAGGGCAGGGGGCUGGGGGGGGGUGGAGGGGAGGGGUUCCCUUUGGAAGAGGGGUGUGUGUCCCAUCCCUCUCCCCCCAGCCCCGGGACUGCCGCCCGCCGCGAGUGCCUUGGGUGCCCGCCGCCAUGCCGAGGGGUCGAUCGUCAGCCCUCAGCCCUGGUUCUUUUCCUCCUCGGUCUGUAAAAUCCCAGGUGGGCAGGGCAGGCAGCACCUUCUGGGCACAGCCCUGUCCCCCCACUCCAUGGCCCCGGGGAUACAGCCCACCAGUGGAGGCAGAGCCACCCCCGGGGGUGGCAUCAUCCUCGGUGUGACCUUCCCUCCGCACAGCCCGGGCUUGUCCCCUUGCUGGUGGGUUUGGGGGAGAGGAGCAGGAUGGCAGUGUGCUAUAACUGUGGAUUUCUCUGGGUUUGUCUCCUCACAGUCCCAACCUGAAGCCUCCAGCCUUGCCUCUCCUGCUCUUCUGUGCAAGGAGGUGUAAGGGAGGGAGGAGGCAGGGAGCAGGAGGGACCAUCCCAACCUCCCACAUCCCAAUUUGCUCAGCGUCCUGAUGAUUUGGUUUAACCUUUUUUUUUUGCUUGCUUGCUUGAUGAGAGUGCUGGUCUCUGAGAGGAGUUAGGGAGAUGUGGCUCCAGCAGUGCAGGGCAGUGGGAUGCAGCAUGGGUGCAGGCAUCCGAAAGCAUCCUGCCAUGCUGCCCCAGCCACAAACCAGCAGCUGGAUGGCAGAAGGACUGGGAAAAGGGCUGGAGAAAUCUGGCUUGUAGGGAGCAUCUCCGUGCAAAGAAGAGGCACUGAUAAAGCUGGGGAAGAGAGAUUUUGUGAGUACUUUCUAUCCUGUGGAUCUUUUCCACAUUAGAAAUUUCCAGGAGCCCCUCUGGGACAGCUGGUCCCAGUCAGACAAGGUGCCUCAUUUAGCUCACUUAUUUUUUUUUAACCUGAGCUCAGCAUAUCCAGGGAUUCAGCCCCAACAGACAUCAGAUCCUGCUUUCCUUAUCCUCCCAAAAUUUCCUCCACUCACUAGGAACUGUUCUAGCAGGAAUACUGGUGCAUGGGGGAUGGCUGCACACCAGAGAGGGUAAGUUCAUUCUGAGGAAGGAGGAAAGUGUGUUUCAGCUUGGUCAGCUGCAAGAUGUCCUGGUUGUAGUGGGGAAGUGACCCUGCUCCCUUGCCUGCAGAGGACAUGUGAUGGUCCCUGUUUCUAGGUUGCUUCCUUGAUGGGGGCUGGAGCCCAGGCUGGAUCCCUGCAGCCUUGCAGCCUGCUGGAGCAGGAGGGGAUGUCCUGCUGCAUCUCAAACCCAUCCCAGAUUCCUGUGAGGAUCCAAGAAGUUGAGGGCUGCAAGAGUUUUGGGGUUACUGCUCUGUUGGGGUGAAGCAAAGCCACACAGAGCCCCAUGAGCAAAGCUGCUUCCUACCCGGCUGGAAGAAGGAAGCACAGGGCAUCUCCUGGGAAGGACAGGGUUCCUGGCCUUUCCAAACCAUUUCCAGACCAAGAGGCUCUGAGAGGCAGCUGAAUGUUUCAUUUCUGCUUUGACUUGAAUCUCAGAGCUCUGGGGUGAUGUUUACACCUUCACAGUUGCCUGUUAACCAAAGUCCUGCAGAUCCCAAGCCAGUGACCCCGCUGUCCCUCGGUGGCCGGGCUGGGAGAGGUGAUGCUCAUGGGGGAUGCAGGGAGGUUUUCCCCAGCAGAUCUCUUUGCUCUUGCCACCCAGGGAAGGGAGGACCCUUCUAGUUCUGUUAUUCCUCUCAGCAUCCCUAGAUUUCCAGUCUAGUUUACACCUCUCUGAGAUCCUGGGCGUGCAGUCCCUCAGCAAAGAGGGACCCAACUCCCUGGUUUGCUGAGGAAUGAGCCCUGUGGCUGCUUUGAUGAUGAGGAGGAACAAUCAGCUGGAGGAAGGGAGGCACAGUCCUGUGCCUGCCUCCAGACAGCCCCAUCCAGCCCCUGCUGAAGGAAAUUAGAUUUUUCAUGCACUGCCAAGAGUUAAGCUAAUUCCAGGCGCCUCUCUCGGAGAUAGGCUGCAUCCAAUCUUCCAACAACUCAUCUAGAGAGAGAAGAAUAGCCCAGUGUGGUGCGUCAGCGAGUGGCCCUGAGUCACUGGCCCUGCUCAUUGUCUCUUCUGAGACACUGAGCAGUGCCCCAGCUCCCUCCUCUCUGCCAUCCAUCCCUCUGACUCCAGAGCCUCCUCCUGGGGCCUCUGUGCCCUCCUGCUCACCUUGAAGGUCUUCUGCUCCACCAGGGAGCAGAGCCACAGCCCCAGGUGUUGGUGGCAGUGAGGGCUGUGGUGGUUUCUGGUGGCACCAAGGUGUGGUGAUGGGUGGCUCCUGCAGAGUGAGGUCCCGAGGUAUCCUCAGGUUCUGGUGGGAUAACCCGGGACAAAUGGUGUCACCUCCCGUAGUCUCAUCCCAGGACCACCUCAAACCCAGGGUCUUGGGUGUGAUUCCUGGGAUGUUGUUGUGUCAGCUGGGCUGGAACUGGAGCAGAUCCACACGUUUCCCAAGGGGUGGCUUCCCAGGAGGUGCAGAGGGGGGGUGAAGGUGCCAGGGGGUGAGCAGGGGUGUGGAGCAGGCGCCGGGCUGGGAUUUUUACCUAGUGUGACUGGAAGGAAAGUGCUGAGUCUUCACAGAGCAUGGCUUUUGGAAGGAGUUCUUUUAUUUAGCAAGUCUGGGCUGCUGUCAAUAAGUUCUGUGGUUUUAGGGCACCAUAUGCUGUAUUCAACACUUUGCCAAUCUCGUUAAGUGGAUCCAGAUGAGGCUGUGCACAGACCAGGCAGGAGCAGCUGGAAGCAGUGGAUGUCCCAGUCCAGCAUUAUAAGGCUGUCAGAUAAAAAUCUUCUCUUUGGUCUGACAUUACAACCUUAACAAUCCUCCAUCCACGUUAGCUUUCCCUUUGCUCUACAAGAGAAAAAAAGAAACACCAGAAAGGAGAUGUUAACAUCAUCCCAGUGAAUGCCACUGAUGUGAUUUGUAUUAAAUCAUGGCAUGGAUGUGCCUGGGGUAGGGUGAGGAAGGGUUUUCCUUUGCCCUGUCCCUGCAGGUACACUUCAACCCCAGCCCCUCUUGUGCCCUGCAGACCAGAGCCAGGUUCCUGCAGCCACCUGGGACCUUGGAGAACACCAGGAUUUAUCCCACCAGGAAUUUAAACCCAAGGUGCUUUCAGCUCUUCAGUCCAACCAUUUUAGAUCUUCUCGCCUGUGAAGGUACCACGUGUUGGGAAUAACAUGGAAAACCCAACCUUCCCUUCAGUGGAUGGAUUUCUCUCUGCUGGGAGAAGAAUUCCCAUCGGGAAGGGGUGAUUCCUGCCAGGCAAGGCUGGGGGAGCUGAGGGGUGAUGCUGUCUCAGGGGCUUCAGGAAGGAGAUAGCUGGGUCCUGCCUGGCUGGAGCACCAGUCCUGGGUUUUGCACAACUGCCAGUUGUACAAAUUAAUUAAAAAUAACUGAAGAAAAAUCCCAAAGAAAGGCCCUGCUUCCUCUGGUGAAGAUUAAUCAUUAGUUGAGCCUUUUUCUUAUGAAAAUACAGAUCCAUGGUAGCCCCAGGCAAAAGAUUCCCAGGGAGAGCCCUCACCAUUCGUGCUCUGAGUUAGGGAAAUCGCUUUGAAAGCAUCUGACAACUAAAGCAGAACAUGUUGAGUAACUUGGCAACACUCAGAAAACAUCUUGAAAUGGUUUUUGUUCAACACAUUUUGCUUUGCUUCAAUAGGAGAUGUCAGGGCAGUUCAUUCACUGCCACUCAGGACUGCAGGCGAUGCUGGGAGGCGGCUCCUCUGCCCCCGUUUGAAAGAAAAAAUGAAAAUCCCUGAUAUCUGCUGCUCCCGGGGUCGGAUCCUCCUUGGUGGUGGGAUGGAGCUUCCCAUUGCCAUGUCCCUUAGGACCAGGCCACGUUGGCAGGAGAGGUGGGUGAUUGCCAGCAGGGAGCAGGGCCCGUGGCGUGGCCAGAGGGACAGGGUCUGCAGGAGGGGACGCUGCCUGCUGCUCGGCGUGGGGACUGAAGGCUCUGCCCCAGCAAGGCAUGCAGCACCUUGUGAUAAAUCCCAGUUUGAUACCUCCCUCCCACCUCGGACAGGAAUGCCUGUAGAGAUUGGUAGGGACACGAUCGGGAUAGAGGGAUACUUGGUUUCUGUGAAAUUCCCUGUUAAAACCCAUGUGACGUGCCAGACAAAUUUGUUUAUAGACUUUCUGAGCUGCCCCGUGGAUACAAAUCUCUCUUAAAUUAUCCUUCAAAGGUUGGGAAGGGCAGCCUCUGGUGUUCAGGCAGAGCUUUAAUAACCAUCUCCUCCAGCCCAUCAAUCAAAGUCAGUUCUUGCCAUCCCAGGGAGGGGUGACAUUACGAAACCCCGUGGUCACCCCUUCUCCCCCUGCUCAGGGCUCCUGGAUCCCCCCAGCUCAUGGUGGGCUGCAGGGGUCCAGGCACCAUCGAGCUGUGAAGGUUUCCAGUCUGGGGGGCUCUGAUCACACCCUCCCUGCAGCCCCAGGCUCCAUCUCAACCAACCAAGCCAGCACCAAGCCAUGGCUGAGCAUCCUCCAAAAACGGGGCAGGCUCCACCACCCCCUGCUCCUUUCUGGGGUCCCAGCUGUGGUGGGUGCUGGGUGGGGAGCACUGGGUGAAGGGGAAGGAAGGGUUUUACCUCCACCCUGGGGGUGCAGGGCUGCCCCCAGCCCCUGCCAGGGGGAUCAGCAGCUCCAGGGUGAUUCCCCAAAGGGGACCCUCUGUUCAUUCUGGAUGAUGGGAGCAAAGGAAAUGCUGUGGCCAGAAGUGAAGGGUAAAUCAUUUUCAAACGAGGACCUUAAAAAUAAGAAUAAUAAAUAAUCCCUUUUUAAAAAAUGGGGUUUUAUCAGCCCUCUCAGCCCCCAGAGCCAGGAUGUGUGACCAAACCCCAUUCCUCCACGUCCCUUCCCAGGCUGCGUGUCCAUGUCUUGUACUUGUGUUUGAAAGAAGGGCUCAGGAGUGGUUUCCAGCCUCGUUAGCAUUUUAUGCUGAUCCUUUUUUCAGGCCAAGCAGUCGACAGCUUCGCUUGUUGUAAACUGGAGCUCAGAAAAAAAAAAAAAAAGGGUUUGGCUUAUGAAAUUUGGGUUUGGUUUUACCAUUUUUAAAUGUAUUUGGGAACUGUACGUGCUCGAGUUUGCAAAACAAAAGACAUUUCAAGCCAGACAGUUUUGUUGUUUUUUUUUUUUUUAAUUUUGAAACUUGUCAAAACAAGCCAUAUUGAUAAUUAUGACCAGUUUUUUGCUUUUUUUUUUUCCAAUUGAGAAAUGGAUCAAAAGCAGUCCUUUCCCACAAAACCUUUCAUUUUCAAAAAAUAAAAUUGAAAAAAAAAAAAAAAAACCAACAACCAAACACACACAAAAAAGACACUUUUUCUGCUCGCGCAGUUGGAACUGGUGGCAGUGGAUUCGGAGAGAAUAGCAAUUUGUAAGGAAUUCCAACCAGCUCUACUUAAAAUAGCAUCCAGCCAAUUUCUUGGGGGCAGGAGGCUGAAGCUGCUCCGUGGUGAAAGGGAACUGGAAAGCUGCCUGGGAUGGCUCCAGCCCCGGGUCACACACCUGGGGAACCACAUGGACACCUUCCCCUUGGCAGCUGCCUGCUGAGCUUCCCCUUCUUCUCCAGCCCUCUCACCAACAUCUCUUUUUCUUUUCCCAACCCAACUGAACCCAGCUUCCUCCCACCUUGGAGAUGCUCAGGCUGGAAGUUGGGGGAUGGCCACAAACCCGGGGAGCUUCCCUGUGCUCCUGGGGGCUUCAGGGGGGAAGAAACUCAGUGUGGGGAAGAACUCAGUG